UUUUUUGUCUCUUCGUUUCUCUUCUUCUAUUCCGUGGAAUCCCCCUCCCUUCUUCCCUUCUGUCGUUCUUCUCCGAGAGAAGGGAAGGGGUUUCUCUUCAUUUCUCUUCUCUCGGCGUCCAGAGAGCUGGGACGAAGGAAGAGAGGAAGAGAGCUUUCUCCAAACGUGUUCUCUAAUCCCUCCGAGCUAUCGCUCUAUAUCUUGCAAAGAUAAAAAAUUGAUGACAUGGAGGAAAAUAUACCAUCUCCUCUUAUUUCGGAUGGCUCUGUUCGUGGUAUCAGUUUUAGUGCUGCAACGAUCGAGGAAAUUCGUACAUACGCCAUAAAUGACUGCCCAGUUUCUCAUCCAAGCCAACUAACAAAUCCUUUCCUUGGUUUGCCAUUAGAAUUUGGCAAAUGUGAAUCUUGUGGCACUGCUGAACCCGGAAAAUGUGAAGGUCAUUUUGGUUACAUCGAGUUGCCAGUACCUGUAUAUCAUCCUUCUCAUGUCAGCGAAUUGAGACAGAUCUUGAGUUUAGUGUGUUUGAAGUGCAUGAGGAUGAAGGGAAAGGUCAAACAUGGCAGUGGGAAAGAAAAGGUCUCAACGACAUCAUGUCUGUAUUGUCGGGAUCUUCCACCCAUAUCCGUUAAAGAAGUAAAGACCACAGAUAAUGCUCUUUGCUUAGAAUUGAGAGUAUCAUCGAGGACAAGGCUGCGAGAUGGCUUCUGGAACUUUUUGAAUCGGUUUGGUUUUUGUUAUGGUGACACCUAUUGUCGCCCAUUGCUUCCAUAUGAGGCUCUUAAUAUUUUGAAAGAGAUUCCUGAAGAAACCAAAAAAAGGCUUGCUGCGAAGGGAUAUUUUCCUCAGAUUGGUUUUAUUUUGCAAUAUCUUCCUGUUCCGCCCAAUUGCUUAUGUGUGCCAGAAAUUUCAGAUGGGAAAAAUAUCAUGUCCUCUGAUAUUUCUAUCUCCCUGCUUAAAAGAGUUCUUAACAAGAUUGAGCUCAUCAAAAGGUCAAGGUCUGGUUUCCCAAAUUUUAAGUCCCAUGAAGUUGAGUCCAAUGACCUGCAGUUAUCUAUUUCUCAAUAUAUGCGUCUCAGGGGCACUCCAAAGGUACCUCAAGACAUCACCAAAAAGUUUGCAAUCGGCACUGAAGCAAAUGAAUGUUCCACAAAACUGUGGCUUGAAAAGAUGAGGACAUUGUUUAUCAGAAAGGGCUCAGGUUUCUCUUCCCGCAGUGUAAUCACUGGAGAUGCAUAUAUAGGUGUUAAUGUAAUUGGUCUUCCAUCUGAAAUAGCAAAGAGAAUUACCUUUGAAGAACGGGUAACAGUGCAUAACAUGAAACAGUUGCAGGAAGUCGUUGAUAAAGGAUUGUGUGUGACAUACAAAGAUGGUUUCUCCACUUAUGCAAUUGCCGUGGGCUCAAAAGGGCAUACUUAUCUUAAAGUUGGCCAGGUUAUAAAUCGUCGGAUUAUGGAUGGUGAUAUUGUUUUCAUUAACAGGCCACCUAGUACGCACAAACACUCGUUACAAGCAUUUUAUGUAUAUGUCCAUGAUGAUCACACUGUCAAGAUCAACCCCCUCAUUUGUGCUCCCCUUGGAGCAGAUUUUGAUGGUGAUUGUGUUCAUAUAUUUUAUCCACAGUCCCUAGCUGCAAAGGCAGAAGUCCUAGAAUUGUUUAGUGUUGAAAAGCAGUUACUUAGUUCUCAUACUGGAAACUUAAACUUGCAACUGGUUCAUGAUACAUUGUUGGCUUUGAAACUCAUGUUCAACACAGCAUUCUUGAGAAAGGCAACGGCAGAACAGUUGGCAAUGUUUGUAUCUCCGAUCUUGCCACCACCUGCCAUAUUUAAAGCUAAUAAAUCUGGCCCUUUCUGGACUGUUCAUCAAAUACUGCAGAAUGCUCUGCCAGCUUUUGUGGACUGUUUUGGAGAAAGACAUCUCAUUAUUGAUAGCGAAAUCAUCAAGCUAGACUUUAGAAGGGAUGCAGUGCAGUCAUUGUUUACGGAGAUAAUUACUUCUAUUUUCAUCAAGAAAAGUCCAAAGGAGGCUUUAAACUUCUUUAAUAUGUUACAGCCUUUCUUGAUGGAGGUACUAGUUAUGGAAGGAUUUAGUAUCAGUUUGAAAGAUUUUUAUGUUCCAAGGGAAGUUCUAGAAAAGGCACAACAAAGUGUUCAAGAAAAUUCAUUUAUACUUCAUCAAUUGAGAUCAAAAUACAAUGAACUUGUGGAGCUGCAAGUCGAGAACCACCUUAAAAGCAUCAAACUACCAAUUGUGAAUUUCAUUUUGAACUUCACUUCACUGGGUAAUUUGAUUGAUUCAAAAAGUGAUUCGUCUAUUAUCAAAGUUGUUCAACAACUUGGAUUUUUGGGUCUUCAACUUUUUGACCGAGGGAAGUUAUACUCAAGGGCUUUGGUCGAGGAUUGUUUUACGAACUUUGUAAACAAAUAUUCCACCAGUGGAGCUGAUCAUUCCUGUGAGGCAUAUGGACUAGUUAAGAAUUGUUUCUUUCAUGGCUUAAAUCCGUAUGAAGAGUUGGUCCAUUCUAUUUCAUCCAGAGAAGUUAUAGUUCGUUCAUCGAGAGGACUGACAGAACCUGGAACUUUGUUUAAGAACUUAAUGGCAAUUCUUCGGGAUGUUAUUAUCUGCUAUGAUGGAAGUGUUAGAAAUGUCUGCAGUAAUUCAGUUAUUCAGUUUGAGUAUGGAGAGGAUGAUGGGGCUAAUUCCUUGAAUGUUUCACCUGCUGGUGAACCUGUUGGUGUCUUAGCUGCCACUGCAAUAUCAAAUCCUGCAUAUAAGGCAGUCCUAGAAUCCUCGCAAAGUAACAAUUCAUCUUGGGAAUUGAUGAAGGAGAUAUUGCUUUGUAAAGUCACUUUUAAGAAUGUUGUUACUGAUCGGCGUGUGAUUUUAUAUUUAAAUGAUUGCUUCUGUGGGAAAAAGUUUUGCAAAGAAAAUGCAGCAAUUACUGUUCAAAAUUGCUUGAAGAGAGUUACUUUGAAGGAUUGUGCAUGUGACUUCUCAAUUGAAUAUCAAAAGGAAAUUAGCUUACGUGAUAGUUCAGAAACUACUUCAGGCCUUGUUGGUCAUAUUCAUCUUGACAAGAUGCGGUUGAAAUUGCUAAACCGAAGUCCUGAUGAGAUUCUUCGGAAGUGUCAAGAUGUUAUUUUUGGCUAUGGAAAGAAGAAAGGAAAGCUCUCUCACUUUUUUAGGAGAAUUAUUUUAUUAGUCAGUGAAUGUUGCAGCACCAGGCAGCCAGAUGUCGGGAAUUUGUCUCCAUUCCCAUGCUUGCAGUUCUCUUACUGUGAUCAGACUGCCACUCCAGAUUGUGAAUCUCUUGAGCGAGGAAUACAUGUUAUGGCAAACACUAUAUGUCCAAUUUUAUUGGAUACAAUUAUUAAAGGUGAUCCUCGAGUCCGUGAGGCUAAUAUUGUUUGGACUGGACCAUAUGCAACCUCUUGGGUGAGAAAUUCAUGCAAAACAUUGAAGGGUGAGGUAGCCGUCGAAGUUGUUGUUGAAAAAGAUGCAGUUCGACGACAUGGUGAUGCCUGGAGGACUGUUAUAGAUGCUUGCUUACCUGUAAUGCACCUCAUCAACACCAGGCGAUCUAUUCCUUAUGGCAUUCAACAACUUCAAGAACUUCUUGGCAUUUCUUGUGCUUUUGAUCAAGCAGUUCAGCGGUUGUCAGCAUCAAUUACGAUGGUUGCAAAGGGAGUGCUCAAAGAUCACCUUAUUCUUGUUGCAAAUAGCAUGUCAUGCACUGGAAACCUUAUUGGUUUCAAUACUGCUGGCUACAAGGCACUUUUUCGUUCUUUAAAAGUUCAAGUGCCGUUUACUGAGGCCACAUUAAUUACACCGAUGAAAUGUUUUGAGAGAGCUGCUGAGAAGUGCCACACUGAUUCAUUAACCAGUGUGGUCUCGUCAUGUUUAUGGGGUAAACAUGUAGCAAUCGGCACUGGUUCGCCUUUCCAGAUUCUUUGGAAUAAACGGCAGAUGGCAGAAAAUCAAAAUAUUGGAAAAGGUUUUUAUGAUUUUCUUGAGUUGGUAAGGACAUCCAGUCAAGGCGAAGCAGGUAAUGGAUGUUCAGUGGAUGUUGAUGAUCUAGGGGUUAAUGAAAAUGAUGAGGUUUGUUUAUCUCCUGAAAUUGGGUUUGAGAAGCUGACAUUUGAUGAUGGAUUUGAAGUUGAUUACAAUCUUAAAAAAGAUAUAAGCAUGGAAAAUGGAAAAGUUGGUAACUCAAGCUGGGAAAAGCUUUCAGAUUCAGUGGUUGGCUCAGAUAGAUGGCAAGGAUGGGAAAAUGGAAACCAACCUGAGAUGGACACGUCCAGUGGCUGGCAAGGAUGGGACAAUGGAAAACAGCCUUUUAUAGAUCGAUCCGAUAGGUCACAAGGAUGGGGAAACGAAAGGGUAACUGAUAGAGAGAACUCCAAACUGCCAACAGCCAGACCAAGUGUUUGGUCUAGUUGGGAUGCUAGUGAUGUUCAAGAAAGGUCCCAAGCUUCGAGCCCUAAAAGUCAGCCUCGGCAUGUUGCUUCAUCUUCAAAGUCAAGAAUUUGGAGCAGUCAGAGUUCCAGUAAAGUUGCUGAUGGGAGCAGUGUGGAUACCACAUCUAAAGGUAAUGCCCAAGAUGGAUGGAACCAUGUGACAGAAUCACCGGCGAAGCCCGUCUGGGAUACUAACAUAACAAGGAAAUCGCACGAGGCAGACAACACCUGGAAUACAAGUGCAUUUUCCAAAUCAAAUGUCUGGGAUGGUCAGAGUUUUGACAAAGUUCAUAAUGAAGGUUCGGAUGGAGGCAGAUGGAAUGAGAACCAAGCAACUGAUCGUAAAAAUCAAUCAUGGAAAUCUCAUGGUUGGAAUUCUUCAAAUGCAACUGAUCGGAGAACCCAGCGAAACUAUUCUAACAAGUCAUUAGGGAUGCCAGAUAAUCGAAAAGGUUGGAAUCCAAAUUCAUUGUUGACCUCGACAGGACGCCGAUUGGAUUCUUUUACAGUUGAGGAGGAGAGGAUUCUUGUUGAAAUUGAACCGACUAUGCAAACAAUAAGAAGGAUUUUGCGUGAAUCCAGCGACGGUGAUCAACUAUCUGCUGAUGAUCAAAAAUUCAUUCUGGAGAGAGUUUUUCAGCACCAUCCUGAUAAGCAAGCAAAAGUGGCUGAUCAGAUUGACCAUAUCAUGGUUGACAAGCACCAGAGUUUUCAAGAUUCCAGGUGUUUUUAUGUGGUCUCUUGUGAUGGCACUAGUGCUGAUUUCUCCUAUAUAAAGUGCAUGGAGAAUUUUGUGAAGGAAAUCUUCCCAGAGCAUGCAGAGUCCUUCAACAGAAAGUACUUCAGGAGGCGCCUCCCGAAAUGAUAAGUCAGCAGCAGCAGCAAUAGUAUAGGUCCACCGCGUGGAAUUUGUUCAGGCACUUGUAAAUUUAUUGUUAAUAUUUUCAGGCGCAUGCCUAAUAUUUGACCCAGAGGUAGCUUUUAUGGACCCAAACAACAAAACUAUUCAAUCUGCAAAUCUUACAGAUGCUAAAUUUUGGGGUAGUUGGCCUGUGUCGGGCCUUACCUGCGCUAACAUGUUAAGAGGAAUGUAAAUUAGCAAGAAGUUUAUGGAAGUUGGCAUUGCCUGCCACUGUUCACUGAUGCGUCAUUAAAUGUCAGUUUUCAUUUUGAUUAA